AUGUGGCUGUUGCUCAUUAUGAUGGCUUUUCAAAGGACUAGUGAGAAAAUCAAGUAUUGGGGCUAUCCUUCUGAAGAAUAUGAAGUGCUUACAGUUGAUGGGUAUUACCUGACUCUGAACAGAAUUCCAGGAGGAGCCAGUGCAGCUGUACAAAGUGGAUCAAAGGCAGCUAUACUGUUGAUGCAUUGCCUGUUAAUGGAAGGCAGUGUCUGGGUAGCAAACUUACCCAACAAUAGCCUGGGCUUCAUGCUAGCUGAUGCUGGAUAUGAUGUGUGGAUUGGAAAUAACAGAGGUAAUUCCUGGUCUAGAAGACACCAACACCUUACAAUUGACCAAGAAGAAUUCUGGGAUUUCAGUAUCCAUGAAAUGGGCAUCUACGAUCUUUCAGCCAUAACAAACUUUGUUCUGCAGAAAAGUAAACAGGAGAAAAUAUAUUAUGCUGGCCAUGCUCAGGGGAGCAGCAUAGAAUUAUCCCUGUUAAGUCCAAGACUGAGAGCAUUUGUGGCUCAAAAAUGCAGCCAACAACUGAUAGACGUCCUCUGCAAGCAAGCUCUUUUCCUGUUUAGUGGAUUCAAUGAGAAAAAUCUAAAUGAGAGCCGGGCUGAUGUAUAUGUAUCACGAUUUCCAGACUACACUUCUGUGAAAACUCUAAUCCACUGGACACAGGUAGCUAAAGCAGGAAAACCCAGGUACUUUGACUAUGGUCCAGAGAACUUAGAUAAGUAUAAUCAGACCACCCCUCCCUUGUACAGGAUAGAAGAUAUCACUGUUCCAAUAGCAAUGUGGAGUGGAGGUCAGGACUGGGUUUGCCAACUAAAGGAAACAGAAGAGUUAAAGUCUCGGCUGAAAAGUGUCAUUCAUUAUAAGCAUUUUCCUGACUGGAAUCACUGGGAUUUCAUUUGGGGCCUUGAUGCCCCACAGAGACUAUACAUGGAAAUCCUGAAUUUGAUGGAGAACUAA